ACGGGGUGCAACAGCUUGCCGCGGAAGCGCCUGAUCGCCUUGACGGCCGCGACAUGCCGGUGCUGUCUACGCCGAGCUCACCGACUACCACGGAGACGCUGCUUUCCGACAUCCCUGUGCGCAUGGAGGAGCACACGGACCGCGUGGUUGCGCAGCUCAGGCGGCGCGACCGGGACCUCGUGGACAUCGGUGGGACGUUCGGCAAGCACUUUUUGGAGGUGGGCUCCGGCGACGAGAUUUUGACGCGGUGCGUCCGCGAGAAGGGCCUCAGCGUGAUGGACCUCGUGGACAAGAAGACUGGCUGGGAUUUGACACGCCGUUCUGACAUGCAGCGUCUGCGCACCAUGAUCAGGCGCGGCAUGGUGGCCACAGCCACGGACGCGUUGAUCCGGAAGUCUUGGAGAUGGUUGACCAAUCAUGCGAAGUUGGAGGGGCGUCUGACCGCGGCCACGGCCACGCACCCGCGGCAUUUUGGCGUUGCUUACGCCGCGUGCCUCGCUAAGGCCCCAGAGUCCUUGGCCAUUCUCCGCGCCGCGCUCGCGCCUUACCGCCACCAGAUGCAGGACGUCCAGGUGAUGCGGCGCAGGGCGCUCGACGGCACGCAUCCUGAUUGGCCGUUGGGCGUGACCACUGGCGAGCUCGAUGUUUCCAGACGGAUGGCGCCCAUGCGCGGGGCAGAACGCCACCAGGGUGCCGACGCGGACGAGAUCUACGCGCGCCAGCGCGAACACCUCGCUGCCCAGGAGAUCCCGGCGACGAAGGUUACAUGCAAGUACGCGCGGGGCGGCAGCGAGUUCUACGCCGCUCAUUCUCGAGAUCCUGUUUUCCACAUUCGCGACGGCGCAGUAAAGCAGACGAUGCGUUUUUCUGCUUACGGGGAACAUCACCGGGAGAUCUUGGGGAAAGGCAGAGCAGCCGGAUUGGCUUUCACCGCUUAUGCGGCUACACGCGGAGGCGGUGGAUUCGGCAGGUGUGGCGCUGGGGUCGCGAUGCCUACGGGGCGCCGCGGGGGCGCGCGGAACGAGUUCGAG